GUCAGUAGCGAAGGUUAGUAGCUGAAGCUAAAGGCUACCUAAAAUCACUCCGAUUUUUUCGUUAAAUUUGACUUCAUUGUGAAAGAUUUUAUUUGUAUACACGGUGUGCAAAGACCGUAGAGGAUACGAAGCAUGACCUGACGGUUACUGGUGGCGUACAAGACGUGAGUCACGCUGGAGAAAUGACUCCAUACGAUGUACUUCGUUAUUAUGUUGGUCCGCCGCUGCUGAUGGUUUCCACUACAGUAGGUGUGCAGGCACUGGCACUUGUCGGCGGUGAUGGCACUCAAAACUGGAGCCUGUUAGGAAGUAAUUACUCAUGGACUGUCGUGCUUGGACUACUCGUCUGGGCUUUAUUUUCCCUGUGGAUUCCUGGCAAAGAGUUCCUGGGUCCUACCACUCAGUUGGGGUACACACCACGAUAUAAGGCCAAUGGUUUCCAGUUUUUUUUACUUUCCCUGACUGUCUUCCUUGCACUCCUGUUCUAUAGACCUGUCACAGCUGUUGAGCUCGCAGAAAACAUGCCACAGAUUUUGGCAUCGUGCAAUAUUCUUGCGAUGUUAUUGUGUGUGUACUUGCUGGUGAAGGGAAAGGUCUCUCCACAAACGAACGAAAUUUUGGAGUCCCGACCAAUCCUUUAUGAAUUCUAUCGGGGGAUGGAAGUACACCCUCGUCUGCUUGGAGUAGAUGUCAAACAACUGACUAAUUGUCGCUUUGGUCUCCUGGCGUGGGAACUUCUGGUUGUGGCCUUUUUUGUAGCAGGUUGGAUCAAGCAUGGCUUUAGCUUGGCACACUUAUCCUGUGCUACCCUCCAGACGAUCUAUCUAGGCAAGUUUUAUUGGUGGGAAACUGGGUACUUUGACACACUUGAUAUCACUCUAGAUCGGGCAGGUUACUACAUCUGUUGGGGUUGUUUAGUUUUCGUACCGGCAUUCUACACUUACUCCUCUUAUUACCUGGUGGCACAUCCACCCCUUGUCUCAAACAGUGCCGCUAUCUUGAUAUUACUUUUAGGAAUAGUUUUUAUUGCGCUUAAUUACCGUGUAGACUGGGAGAAAGAAUACUUUCGUGCUCACAAGGGCAAGUGUUACAUUUGGGGUUACCAAGCCACAUUCAUCAAUGCAACUUAUGAGAGUUCCUCAGGUAUUCGACAAUCAAAACUUCUCACAUCAGGAUUCUGGGGUAUUGCGAGGCACCUGAACUAUGUCUUUGAGAUUUUAGCGGCCUUUUCAUGGUGUUUGCCAGGUUUUGGUUAUGGAAUCUGGCCUUUUCUUUAUGCUCUGUUCCUAACAGUUCUGCUGGUACAUCGUGUUUUCAGGGAUGAAGAAAAGUGUAGGGUAAAGUACGGCGCUGCUUGGGUUAAGUAUAGCAAAGUUGUACCAUACAGAAUGAUACCUGGAGUAUUCUAAAGUCAUGCUUUUUGUGGAAUAAAAAAAUGAGGUGUGCAAGGAUGCACGAAGAAGCAUCUCAUGUCUCAUAUCUAAGUCACUCUUUGCAUAUUCAAUCUUACAGUAGAUUACAUCACACCUAUAGUAACGCCAAUUAUUCAGUCUAUGGAAUGUCAUUAAAUUCAAUUUAUAAUAGACUCAAAUUGUGACUUUCAGCUAUGUCAGUAGGAAAAUAAAAAAGAAGAACCGA